CAAGAAUGUCGAAAAUAUCCAACGUCGACAGAGCAUCAGCGAAGGCGUCCGCCAGCGGCGCAUGAGCGCAAGCCAGGGCCCGGUGGUCCCUGACUUCAAGGACCUCAAGCAGCAUCGGAUGAGCUCGAGCAGCCAGGCCGCCCAACGGCGCAUGAGCAUCGGCGCUCAGUCCCCUGAAGCCCGUCGCAUGAGUACCUCAGGCUCCCGGCGCAUGAGCAUCGGCGCAUACACCCUCCCCGUCCCCGCCCCCGCACUCCCUGACGGCGUCAACAAGAUCCUCGGAAAGCGCUUCAAGCCCGAGAACAUCCCCGACCUCAGCGGCCGCACCGCCCUCGUCACAGGAGGCACUUCUGGGGUUGGGUACUUCGACGCACUCGAGCUCGCGUUGGCCGGGGCGAAGGUCAUCCUCGUCUCGACCACCGCCUCAUGGCACGGUAAGCAGGCGGAGAUCGACAUCAACGCCGCCCUAAAGGAAUGCGACUCGACCGGCUCGGUCGUAUGGCACGCCAUCGACAUGAGCUGCUUGAAGGCUGUCGACGCCCUCGCCCAAAAAGUCGUCGCGGAGGAGUCGCGCCUCGACAUCCUCAUGUGCAACGCGGGCAUGGGGCAGUCGGCGUUCGUAAUGAGCGGCGAUGGACUGGAGAAGCACUUUGAGAUCAAUACCCUUGCGCACUACGUCUUCGCCAUGCGGCUCCUCCCCCUGAUGCAGCGGACGGCUGCGUAUGCUCCGCCCGGAACCGUACGCAUCGUCAUGCAGAGCUCGGAACUGCACCGGAUGGCGCCUGCGUCGACGAGGUUCGAGUCGAAGGCCGAGGUGAACACGAUCACGGAGGAGACUCAGAUGUACGGUCGUGCGAAGCUGGGCAUAAUAUACCUCGCGCGCGAGCUGGCUCAGCGCAAACUCGCGACGUACCCGCCGGGCACUGUUCCGGUGCUCAUCGUGGCCGUCCAUCCUGGGAGCGUGGACACCGAGAUCCAGAAGAACUGCGAGAGUGGGCCGAUUGCCAAGGCCAAGAGACUCUUCGCGCGGCUCAACACGAAGAGCGACGAACGGGGCGCUGAGGCAUGCUUGUGGGCUGCGACGUGCACGGACAUUAACAAAAGCAACUGGAAACAAUACCAGGGCAAGUACUUCGCCGAAGCGUACGGCAGAUCCGACAGCGAGAGUAACUUGGCCAAGGACGAGGAGAUUUCAGACAAUUUCUGGGAGCUGUGUGCAGCUUGUACGAAGGAACAGUUUGGAACGGAGCUUCGGUGAAGCAUUUGAGGACGCGUGCGGACUGAUUGCUGGUACACUGCACUCGCGAAGUAGCUCCACUAAAAUCUUGUAUAUCCUAUACUCAGAACAUUCUUAUGCAUCCUUC